UUUCUAUUCAUUUAAAUAAAUUGCUGUUAAAAUAUAUUUUAAAUAAACUGAAUUAAAAAUAUUGUCUACAAAUUGUUGUGAAUUCAUAUGUUUAAGAGUGUUAUUGAAAACAUACACUCAUUUGGUGCAUGAAAUCUGUUUGAAUGAUCAUUAAUUGGUGUCUAUAAUAAUAAUAUUGGUUAUGGAAUAAAAACACGUCUUUCCCCUACGAAAACAAAUUAUCGCAAUAUUUUUGCCAUUACUCGCAGUAUUAUUGACGUACAGAAUAUCUCACAUAAACAAUGGACCGGCAACUCAUAAAUGUAGUAUUACUUGGAUUAGCUUUUAUGCUAAUAUUCACGGCUUUCCAAACCGGUGGUAUGAUUCAACAAACAAUAGUAGACAGCAUUCAUACCGAUGAUACGUCCUAUACAGCCGAUGGAUACACGAGUUUAUGUAUUAUAUACGCGGUGUUGGCGAUCGCCAAUUGGUUGGCGCCCUCCGUGAUCGUCAUAACCGGCCCCCGACUGGCCAUGUUUGUCGGUGCUAUCACUUACUGCCUAUUUAUAGCAAACUUUUUAUUCCCGAAAGUAUGGGUUCUUUACUUUUUGUCAUUCGUCAUAGGCUUGGGAGCCGCGAUUAUAUGGACGGGUCAAGGGAACUAUCUGACCAUCAACUCCAAUGAUGAGACAAUGUCUCGGAAUAGCGGUAUCUUUUGGGCUCUAUUGCAAUGCAGUCUUCUUUGGGGAAAUCUUUUCGUAUUCUUUGUGUUCACUGAAGACCACAUCAAGAAGGAGACCCGACAGCUCACGUAUGGCGUACUCACUGGUGUGGGAAUCGCCGGAACUGUUCUCCUAUUCUUCCUGAGAGGUGGCAACAGAACCUCCACUGAAAGCCUUACUCUUCGCGAUAGUUUCAGCGAAUGUGUCGACGCUUUAGUCGGCGCGUUUCGUCUUCUGCUGACCAAAAAGAUGUGUCUCUUAAUGAUCACAGCCUUCUAUACCGGAUUGGAGUUGUGUUUCUUCAGCGGUGUCUACGGGACAGCCAUCGGAAACACCAAUAGUUUGGAUUCAAACGGAAACGCCAAACGAUUUAUCGGUAUCUCCGGUCUGUUGAUCGGUGUCGGAGAGAUCAUCGGCGGCGCCACCUUUGGUCUCCUGGGCUCCAAGACUAACCGUUACGGUCGCGACCCGAUUGUCAUAUUGGGGUACGUCCUCCAUAUGGUGGCCUUCUUUCUCGUAUUCAUCAACAUUCCCGCCAUCGCAUCGCUCGAGAAGACUAACGACCCGUCCUAUAUAGACAGCAGCCUGAGCAUCGCGUUAUUCUGCAGCUUUCUGUUGGGUUUGGGCGACGCCUGCUAUAACACCCAACUCUACUCCAUCUUCGGAGUGGUCUAUCGGGACAACUCUGUGCCGGCAUUCGCUCUCUUCAAGUUUGUCCAGUCCCUGGCCGGCGCCAUCGCCUUCUUCUACUCGUCGUACACCGACUGUCACAUCCAAGUCCUCAUAUUAGCCAUAUUCGCCUCAUUGGGAACCAUAUCAUUCUCGACAGUCGAGUGGUCCGCUCGAAAGGACAGGGAUGCCGUCGGCGACACCACUCACGGAGACUGACGGCCGCCUCGUUGUUAACUAAUUUAAAUGCAUG